UGUACCUACUCUGUUUAGAAAUGCCUAUCGUGGGCAAUGAUACAGCCUCAGUUCGCAAACUGCUUCACCAGUGGGACCAUGGUAACAAGCAAGUGAGAGCACGGAUACUGGAAGAUUUCAUCGUGACCAAUCAAAAUAAAACUGGUCCAGAGAUCGAAAAUGAAUUUGCUCAAUCAGCUAGCUUAUUUCUAACGAGAUUAACUGCUUGGUUGAGAAUGACGUAUCCCUAUAGUCAAUCACUAGCUCUGGUUUACUCGUUUCACACAACUCACACAAAGGGCUUUUAGUCCAAUGUUAAUGAUUUGGUAGCUCAUAAAUAUCAGCCAAAGCAUAGAUAGCGUAUUAUAUUCUUAACUUAAUACAGAUAUAUGAUUGGAACUCACGUUGGUUUACAGCUCAAGGCCAUUGCCAUUUUUGUAGGAGCUUCUAGCGGGUAUGUAUUUUUUCAUCUAAUGCUCCCAUUAUGCUUUGCACGCUUAGAGUUUAAGGUUUAGAGUUUAAGGUUUGCAAAGGAUCGACUUGUGGGCAAGUCUACUACUGUAUAUCCAAUUAUGUCUUAUCUGCAAAGGUUAGAAGUCUAUGCACUAAACUCAAACGAUCAGUUGCAAGAACAAAUUUUAACUAUUGAUGUUACAAUAUGAAAGAAAUUGCUGCACAAUAUGACGUCGUGCCACAGAUCACUAUAAAUAUGGCGAACCGAAGAAUUAAAUAAAAUGCCCUCACUUCGGCUUUGGGAAUCUAGAUUUAAAUUUAUGUAUUAAAAAACUAAAUAAAAGCGAAGAAAGGACAUUCUGGAACACAUUAGAAAUGACCGGAAGAGCGUUCAGAACACUUUAGUCCUCAUUAGGUAAUUAAUCCUUAACGAACUGUACUAUACCUUUAAAAGUCAUUUUCGGAUGAAGUUCAUCAAUUUUAUUCACGGCACUUUGACUUCAUUAUUUUUCUUUCAGUCAUAAAUUUCUCACAGAAUUCUUAGAAGUUGGCGGUGUCUUAUCAGUUUUAGAAAUAUUGGGCUUGAAACAAGCGAAAGAGGUAAAAUGCCAAUAAACUACAAUGAUCAUGUCUUUAAUACUUUCUAUGACGUCAGUUCAGCAUUUCUUACUAUUUAUAGGAAGAUAAAGUUGAAGCUUUAAAACUUUUAAUGCACAUUGCUAAUUCCGGACGAAGAUACAAGGAAUUAAUUUGCGAGAGUUUUGGUAAUUUGUUCACUACUGGACAGUAUUUAAAUUGAUGUAUCUGUUCAUGAUACAUAUACUGUAUCUUCACAUUUUUUGAAAAUAUAGCUCGAUGACGAUGCGUCACUUUAAAUCUUUAUAGGUAUUCGAGCAGUGGCGGAAUGUCUUGCAAAGUCGACCUCGGAAGAAACUCAAGAUUGUGCUAAAACACUGAUACAAGAAUUAUCAAAUGUUAGUGGAUACAAAUAACAGCCUAUAAAGUCUGUAACAAAGAAUACAUUUGGUUAAUGAGGUUCUGUCUGAAGCGCAUUUUAAUUUAGUUAACCAAAGCCAUCAUGAAGAUAUUGGUGCGACAAUUCUUAUUUUCGGCAGAGGGCGGGGGUGUUCGCGUGGGGCAUUUUGUCCGUGGAAAUGGUUGAAAACCUGCGGAGGGUUAUGAAACUAUUAUCUGUAUCCUGACAGUACACAUAUCCCCAGAUCACAGGAAUAAUUUAGUUCAGGCGUGAGUAGACUGUCACGUGAGAAAAAGAAUUUCAGUACUGAAAUUAUGUUCACAUGUCGAAUCGAUGGCUACGACCUUGGCCAGUAUCACAAGUAUUAUACUGUAUGGUUGACGUACUGUAAUGCAACAUUGCUUUAUAAUUUAUUUUAAACAAAAUUAUUCCAUCUCUAAUACCGUUCAUGUUCACCAAAAGGACCUUGGGGAUGGUCCUUAAAUUAUAAUAGCGUUAUUUUUUGCUUGUUAGGGCAAUCCCAAGUUUGAAGUCCAAAUUUAUAAAGCACUGAUCGCUUUGUUACGAGCAGCAUCACCAAAGGCUCAGCAAAUGGCAGCGGAAACCUUAAGAAUCGUUCAGGUGAAAAAUAGUAAAGCUUUUUUUCUAUUUUAUGAGAUAUUGUAUGAGCAACCUCGCGCAUGUCAAAUUGAUUGUAAAUUAAAUGUCUAUAUCACAGAGAAACAGACUUCUGCAGUCAACCUCGUAUAUAUUUCAGAUCAUGUGACGUUUGCAUCUUAUCGUACUUUGACUUUAUGCAUUUUGUAUCUGACUUUGUUUGAAAUAUGAAUAUUGCAUUCCCACCAACGAAGGCUUGAUAAAAAAUAUCAAGGCGACAAUUGAAGAUUUUUAGUUUUACCUCACUGGUACUCGAACGAUUAUUGUCAUGUACUUGGGCUGGUACUUAAGACACAAGUUGUACUUAGUCUUUGUCAUAACAUAUUGUAAAGGAGGAGCACGUACUAUUACAUAUACAAAUACAUGCAAUAUUAUAAUUGACUGCAACAUUCCCUCCAUCAACUGCUCCAGUCAUGUUUCAUGCCAUGUUGGAAAUUUCAACAUGAUUCAAACCCUAUAAUGACCUGCAGUUUUUAGCAUGAUUGUCUUGCCAGACGGCAUAAGCAAAUUGUAGAGAGCGAAAGUACAUGUACGUACAAAAGCGUAAGGUUGGGACCCGUUCGGGAUCGUAGGUACGUGAUAUUUAGUACUGUGAAGACUGAAAUUGGCAAUCUGUGUACUCUGUACGCCAGCUGAGGAGCUCUAUUAUUAAAGCCUUUCAACGAAGUCACGCCAUGUGACCAUGCAGGCUUUCUCAACCAUUUUGGGGUGGCAAACCGUACGGAGAAAUAGACGGCGACAAAGGACUAUAAUCAUGUUUACGAGUGUUAUUUACUUCACGAAAUGUCGCCUGUUUUCAUCCUUUGGUCGUGCUUUGCCACCCAAAAAUGGCGUUCAGAUGUCCAGGUCGCAUGGAGUGAGAGACUAAUUCAGUUUUAGAAAAACCAUCCGUUAUUUUUUCGUCAACUCAUCUGUAUAUUCUUCUCUCCCAAAAUAGCCUGUUGUUAAAACGACUAGUCCCACCAUUGUUGAUUCUGUACUGAUGCUAUUGAGAUCUUUACACCUCGAAGUCCAAUAUGAAGCUUCCGAGUUGAUUAAAGACCUCAUGCGUUAUGAUGUACAGUUAGCCGUACUGAAGGGAUUGGUUGCAUUGUUAAAACCAUCUAAAGAAGAUAUUCAGGCCGAUAAACCAGAAAUCCUGAGUG